AUGUCCAUGAGGGAGCUGCUUCCUAUGCGAGCCCUGCUCAAGGAAAUUGGUAACAAACUGCAUAUGCCCGUAAUUACUGACAGUCUCAUGCGCUCUACAGUAUUCGAAGACAACCAAGGUUGCCUGUCUCUUGUGAAUGUUCCCAAGAUGUCAGCCCGCAACAAGUAUUUGGCAUUGAAGUACCACUUCUUUAGGUCAAAUAUCGGGGAGUCGAAGGGCAUCGUGGCCAAGUACAUUCCGACUCUAGAACAACGGGCCGACAUUUUCACUAAGGGUCUGCCAGCUCCACAGUUUGCAGUCAUUCGGAAGCUCCUCAUGGGAUGGUAA